UGCGCGUCUGCAAUCAAGCGCGAGCUACCGCGAAUCAAGCGCGAGGCAACGCUUGCGACAAAAGUAUAGUCAAUCAGUGAACUACGCAAGCAUGAGAUGAUGUCGUGCAAAUCAAUACAGGUUCCUCGGAUUCUGUUGCAGCUAUCCUGAGAAAAUGUACUCCGAAUUCCUUAGCGAUCGCAUAGAGCGAGUGAAGUCGCAGUGCGCUAGUGUUUCGUGCUGCUCUGCACCCCACAAUUCUGACGAAGAAAAUGUGUUUAAGGUAGCUUAUCUCAGUCUGGAUAUUUCCUAUUGCGAAUUCUUUCUGCGAUAUGCGUCCUCGAAUACGCCGUGCAUCCUUUCGCCGCAAAACACAAGCGAUUGGAGAAGUCGUCGCGAAUGGGUCGACAGCUCCGGCCGUCCGAAGCUGGGAUUCCUCAAGUCUUCGUUCGGAUCAGCCACUGUGCCCGUCUCCGACUGCAGCGUCAAGCAGUACGACUCCCCGUCAUGUUGUGAGAUGACGUUUUCCGAGUAUGUGGACUACUGGCAGACACUCAUCGACUCUGGGCACGACUACAGCGCGAAGCCUUGCCUCUACCUCAAAGACUGGCAUUUCACGAGGGAUUUUCCCACUUAUGGCCCAUAUACCACACCAAAGUAUUUCACUUCCGACUGGCUGAAUGAGUACUGGGACCUUAGGACUGAUGUGAAGGAUGACUUUCGCUUUGUGUACAUGGGACCCAAAGGAUCAUGGACGCCAUUGCAUACGGAUGUGUUCAAGUCAUUUAGUUGGUCUGCCAACAUCUGCGGGAGGAAGCUCUGGUACCUCUUUCCUCCACGAGAGGGUCAAGUAAACAACGGAAAGAGGAACAAGCUGCCAUGUGAAGUUGACACCCUUCUGAAGGAGAGCGUUAAAGAUGCUGAGGAAGCACAGAGCCUCUUGAAGCAAGAAAGAAAUGCACCAUACCUAAAGGUCAUUCAAAAUCCUGGAGAGAUUAUAUUUGUUCCCAGUAACUGGUAUCAUCAGGUCCACAAUCUGGAUGACACAAUUUCAAUCAAUCACAACUUUCUUAAUGCUUGCAAUGUUAAGACAGUGAUGAUCAAUCUUAUGGCUGCAUUAGUUGAUGUUCAAGAAGAAAUAGCAGCUUUUCAGGACACCGAUGGAUUCCAGGAGCAUUGCCAGGCUAUGCUUAGAGCUCACUUUGGCAUGAAUGUGGCAGACUUUUGUGCGAUGCUCGAGGCCAUCUUGAGACGAAGAAUGCAAAUGCUUGAAGUGCCUCCCGUGCAGAGAGAACUUGCUUACCGCACGAAGGAGGCACUUGCCACGGACAUGGCAGCUGCCCUAUUCUGCCACAGGGAAAUAUUGGAGUGGCCUGCUCCGAUUUUGGAGACGGCGUGCAUCAACAAAGAACUAACAUGUCACCUCAAGAAGGACCUUGUAGAACUGAGUGAGCUAGAUGAAAACAUUUAACAUUCAUAGAACAGUGUGCAGCCUGCUUUUGUGAUCUAGAUCUAAGAAAUCUUGUUGCGUUAGGCCUGAUAUGGCAUAUAUCUUUGCAGUGUGAGAACUGUUUUUUUUACAAACCUGUGAUAUAAAAGUAGUAGUCAAAUCGGAAUUUAUUGAACGUAGGUAUGUCGAGCUAUUGUGCAUAUUUAACAUUUAUAAGUUGUAAAAUCAUCUUGGAUGUGCCGUGCAAAAAGAACACUGCGGUAUAUCUGUAUUCAAAGCGUUUAUCGCCACCCUCGAUACUAUCUCAAAUGCUGUGUUGCACGAUUCUUUGCUUCUGCUAGGGUACUAUUUCCAAAUGUAUUUUUUCUCAUAAGACAGUGCACACGCAUGAAAACUAAAAACUGGUGAAGUUGCACUGAACUGAGCAAGGCUUGAAACAGCGAAAUCGGAUGAUUCUGAAGGCUAAUAUGAUUGCUUGUAGGCCUUAGCUACGUGGUGCUGGUUGUGUCUGGGCCGCUUCUAGGCUUUAGCUAGGUGUUGCUAAGUUGUUUAUACAUUGGGUCUUGUCAUGAGUAAGAGGGCACGUGCUGGGCGCUGGAAUGCGGCGCACGUGUGCAAGACUCAAUGGUGGGCAGAUGCACCACGUUCACGUACAAGAUUGGUUGGAAAGAGGCUCAUGGCAUGAAACCCUAGCCGUAAUGAAAAAUCUCGAAGGAUGAGCUGUCACUGUGCAUUGGGGCUUCAAACUGCGAAGAUCAGGAAGGCCAGCAUCGCUACCGCGACGAAAGCAGUAGUCCCGCUUGGUUCUGAGGCUGUCAGCAAAGAGGCCCGGGAAGUGGUCGUCGAUCUCGGAAGACUCAAGUGUGGCUGUCCGGACUUGCCGCAACCUGUCACAGCAGUUCCUGGGUGGAUCUACAGCUCUUCCGCUUCGAGCCAGAAUGUAUGCGGCCCGUACCACAAUCGUGAUGCCGUUUACAGGUUAGGCAUAGCCUAACUAAGCCGGACGACGACGAAGACCGGAACCAUCCCGGCAACGAGGUUGAGCGGCGAAGACCAACCGACAGCAGCCGUAGAAGGUUGAGAAGGACGUCAAGGACAGAAUCGACGAACCAUUGACACGGCAAGGUCACCAAGUUGACAUGGCAAAGUCACGUGAACUGUAAGAACGUUUUGUAACCAAAACUCCAUUUUGGCUAGAGAGAGAUUAGGCUUAGGAACUGAACUUGACUCGGAUUGAUAUUAGUUUUGGUUUCCUUGUAUAGCUGAUUAUUGUGUACAUGUUUGUUUUUGGGGGGUGAACUUGACUGCCAGAUUGUUUGCCAUUUCGGGUAAUAUUAAAAUGGGUUUGCCGUGUUACCUCCGACUUGCGUCUCUCUCCCAACUCCAUCCGCUGCAAGUGCUCCCUAGGUAAAUUCGUAAAAGGUCUCAGCGCAGAUUGCUUCGAUUUAAACCACGUACAGUCACAGACACGACCUGGUUGCUGAAACUCCAGAGAUAGGAAGUCGCGCUGAAAUAAAUAUAGAAAGAAAGGAAAAAAAAGGGAGGCGUGGAGGUUAACCAGAUGCUAGGAUUCGGCGUACUGCCCUGCUCUGGGGUUGAGAAAUAGGGGGCAAAAGCGAAAGAGAUAAAAAAUAAGAACAAAACAUGCUCAUAGAUCUACGGGCAUGUUGUGAUUAGCAUAGGCCUUCUAUCGCUUUGAGGUCUUCUUGGAGCUGCUGUUGCCUUUGUCGUUCCCUAUUAGUAUUCCAUUGUUGUAUGUACUUGGGGUCCUUCGCUCACCGCCAUUGCUUAGUAGCCAUUUGUUGGGCAUUUGUUAGAUUGCCUUCUUCAUUUUUAAUAAACCAGUGGUGAGUAGCGAGGUUCACUUUGUUUUUGUGGCACACAUUUUUUUUUAUGUGGAUAGUUUCGUGAUACAAGAUACAAGGAACAAUACAAGGAGUGCAUUGAUUUUGACCGUGUUGAUUCCUUUAAUGUGCAGCAAAGCUAAAUUCAUAGUUGUUUUGGCAAUUAGCCCCCUCAGAUGUGUAACUUACAUUAUGGGAAAGGAACCUAUGUCUUGUAGCUUAGCUGUGAUAAACAAGCCCCUAAGUAACCCUGGCUUGUGUCUUCAAAUUUUGCAAUGGCACUUUUGCUAACCUCACUGCGAAGCAGUUGUGUGGUGCGGUGAAGCAAACAAAAAAAGUUUUAUUAUUGUUGUGCAGUGUCUGGGUUUCUAUCAUCUGUUUGAUUUUCAUUAUGAUGUUGCAGCAAGCUCAUGGUAAAUGAGUACUAGAGGCACAAGAAGCAGACGAGCACAUCUGUGCUUGCCUGGUAUGAGCGCGCUGUCAUAUGAAAACGAAUUCCUACCAACUCUCGCCGCAAUUUUUAGUACUUCGACAAUUUACUUAUGUCAAAUUGCCAUUAUGUAUGUCAAACUGUUUUAUGAUCCUCUUCUUAUUUCUUCUGCAUUAUGUGUAAAUCGGCUCAUUUCUAGUGGCCAGCCCUUGUUGUCUAUUUAAUGAUGUAUUUGAGAACAUCUGUGCCUAGUUAUUUGCAGUGCAAAUUUUAUAACAAUAAACUGUUAUAUUGCUCCAA